GCAGACCGCCUUCCUCCUCCCCCUCCUCUUUCGGGCCGUGUCAAGCGGCGGCCACCAACGUGGAGCGCGGAAGCCUCCUCCCGCCGGGCGUCGGGCGCACUCGUGCGGGCCCGGCCAGCCGCAGCCGUUAGGCGGCCGCGCUCGCUCCCCUCAGCGAAGGGCGGCAGGUAGCGGGAGGCUGCCGCCGCUGCUGCGCGGAGCUCACCUGUUGGCCCGGGCCGCCGCUGCCCUCUCCUUUCCCCCCCCUCCCCUCCCGCCGCUCCGCCGUUGGGAGCGGCCGCCGAGCGCAGGGUCCGGCAGCCGGAGCCGCCGCCAUGGCGGAGACCGAGGAGAGGAGCCUCGACGACUUCUUCGCCAAGCGGGACAAGAAGAAGCGGAAGGAGAAGAGCAGCCGAGGGGCCGCCGCCGCCUCCAGCGCUUCCAACGCCGCCUCUAACGCCGCGGGGGCGGCCGCGGGAACCCGCCCGGCUGAGGGUAGCGGCUCCGGGGCCGCCGCCUCCAACGCCGGCUCCGCCAAGACGACGACCAAGGAAGAGGAUGAUUGGAAGGAGUUUGAGCAAAAGGAAGAAAUUGAUUAUAGUGGUCUUAGAGUUCAGUCCAUGCAAAUAAGUGAAAAAGAAGAUGAUGAAAGUGAAAAAAGAGAAGAACCCGGUGACAACUGGGAGGAGACUGGUGGUGGUGUAGACAGAUCAUCUGGCCCUUGGAACAAGUCAGCUCCUGCACCAGCACCUGUCGUUGAACCAACUGUUACAGAAACCCCAGAACCAGUUCAGACCGGUGGUGUAUACAGGCCGCCUGGUGCCAGGGAGGGUGGCAGGCCACGGAGAGCACAGCAAGGACCACCAGAAAUCUAUAGUGAUACGCAGUUUCCAUCACUGCAGUCUACCGCCAAGCUUGUAGACAGUCGAAAGGAUAAAGAAAUGGAGAAGAGCUUUGAAGUAGUAAAACACAAAACUAGAGGUAGGGAUGAGGUGUCAAAAAACCAGGCACUUAAACUUCAGCUAGACAACCAGUAUGCUGUGCUUGGGGAUCAGUAGAGCUGCAUACACAUUACAAUUAAGGAAUGCUUUUUUGGUAACCCUUCUACUAAGGUAACUAAACUACAGCUAACGGCUAUGAUGAACAUGCCACGUUAUUUCUGCUGGAUCUACUGCAGCAAGUGCAGACUACUUUGACGUAAGUGAUUGGUUCUCCUGCACUAUGGAAGCAUAAUAUGUUACAACUUCUCCAUUGGAUAUGGGGCAAAUUAAUGUAAAUGAUUGAACAAGAGUCAUCAGUGUUCUUUAAUUGCUCAGAAAGAUACCUACAGCCAGUGGUCAUUUCAAAAUCUUUUUAUGUUCAGAUACUGAGCCUUCGUAAAGGUUGACUACCUCAGACUUGCUGCACUCAUUGUGGACACCAUGUGGAUCACAACUUCUGGAAGAGAAGGUUACAGCUGUUUUAGUGGCCAUCUGAAACUUGAAACCAGCUCUACUGGAUUCCUGUCAGAAAUCCUGCAGAAGUCAGCCAUUUGGUUCCAAUUUGCUAUAACAAAGAUUUAAGUGACCUUAAAGACAAACCUAUUCUGUUCCCCUUCUGAGGAAUCCUGUCAUGUGUAGCCAUAGCCUACUAGAGACUUCUGGAGCGUACCGUACCACUCAUACUAUCCAAGUAUAACAGAGCUGUAGUUUGUUUACCUUUUUAGAUAGCUGUACUGAAGUAACUGCAAAACAAAUUAAAACUCAUUCAGCAUCAGAUUUGAGGAAUGAUGGGUUUGAAUGGUCUGUUUGCAUUAGCCAUUUUUACAGUUGUCUGUUUAAGCAUUUUUUUUCUAUUCUCCACAAAAAAAAAAUGCCUGCCUUGUUUCUGGUAUCAAGUUGCAGUAUAUUUAAAUAACGAUGAGAUGUUGUAGUGAAAUAGGGUUUAUUUUGGUUUUCUUCAUGAAGUUUGUCUUUCUCACCCUAAAGCACUAAAACUUAAGAGUUUUGAUUUGACACAGAGGUAUCCAGACUCCAACUACAGUCUUCAGAAUUUGUCUUUUAAAAAUGAGAUAUGUGGCAGUAGCGAUACUAGAUAAAAAUUUCUCCUCUAUUAAAAAUAGUUACUUGUUGAAGGGUAAUGGUUACUUGAUAACCAAAAUGACUUAGUAUGCAGAGGGAUAACUAAAGCUGGCAAGCCUUAUUUGGCUACUUCUGUGAAGCAUGCAGGCUUUUUGAGGCAGAAAUCCUCUAAGUAAAACUCAUAAAUGGUGUUUAUUCAAAGUCAGGAAGUGUAGUAAUAAUGGAAGGCAGUGACUUCUUUAAGUUGUUGUCAUCUCUGACUUAAUUUAGUGGAAGUAGGCAAAAUGGCACUGAUACACUAAGAAUAUAGGACAUUGCCCAUAACUGAUUAGAUGAAUGAAACCUGUCAAGUACCAAAAGUGUCCUGCUGUAACUGUGUUUCUCUUCUCUGAGUUCUUACACCAGAAGCAAAAUGAAGUACAAUAGUGGCAUGCUCCAGUGUUGAAGUUUUUCAGAGUAAAUGCCAAAAAAUAGACCCAACAUCUAUAUAUAUAUAUAUAUAUAUAUGAGUUGCCAAUGGCAAGAAAAGUAAGGGAACAAAACAAAACUUGCUUAUGUGUGUGUGAGUACUGUGUAUGCACAGGAAUCGCCUAGUUGGGUUCCCUUUGACUAACUGCUGACUUGCUUUAAAUCUACUUCUCCGAGGCCAAUGGGAAUUUUGCUCUUGACUUCAGUGGGGCUGGGGGUUUCACCUGGUUCUUUUGUGCACAGACUAAAACUGGCCUUGCUCUUGCAGAGUUAAUUGUCUCUAAAACUUCUGCUAGAAGCUGCUAUUAGAGAGGGCUCAAGAGACUAUUCUUAAUUGGAAACAAAACCCCACUGAAUGACUGAUACCAAUACUUUGGACUCUGAGCCAUGUAUCUUCCUUGAAAAUACAUUGUUGACAGCAAAACUGUUGAUUUGUCACUAAAGCUUUCUGUGGAAUUCAUGGUAAAUGGACAUGUCGCUUGAUGUGGUAGAAACGUGAAAUCUUGAAACGCUUUUGCUGAUGCUCUAAAGCGAUUGAGAUCACCAAUGCACAUGAAUCAAGUUUUAAUCUACUGUAUGAAGGGUAGAUGAGACUGUCCAUUGCACCGUCUUUAUUUGAGGUUUUGGGCAUGAAUUCUGGCAGUUCAAGAAAACCCUGUAACAGUUUCAAAUCAAAUAAAAUGGAAAUAUACAUGGAUUCUGGAGUCUAAUGAAUCUUUACCUUUAGUUCUAGCUUAAGACUGUACAGCAGCUGCGGAAACGCAGAAUAUUUGGGUCUCUUGAGGGACAGGCCAUGGAGUGGGUAGUCAGCCUUGUGGUCAGGUGGGCUAUGUUUAAGAGCUUAUAGCAGUGCAUAUUAAUAUGACAUUUAUACAUAGAAGUUUAGUUUGCUACCUGUCGGAGUGUCUCCUUACUCCCACCAUAUAGGACUGGUUUGAGAUUGUGAAUUGAGUAUGAAUGAAGCUUUGAUUUGCUUUUCACUUGAAAGUAGCUCUACUAAAUUACAGAAUGAAAAAAAAAAACAAACCCAACAAAAAAAACCCAGCGACCCAAACCAAACCUCUGGAUGUUUGCUGUCACUGAAGUCCAUCAGCUACAUAUAACUAGAGGUGUUAUUCUGGGGGCUUUUCCUAAGUGUAUCAUUCCAGGUUCUUUCUGGAAGCUUAAAGGAAAAAAAAUCAGAAAUGCAGCAGAUUUUCCAUAGUACAGAAUGUUAAACUAUUUUAAAGUGUUUCUUGUGUUAAAUAUUGCUGCCAGCAACUAUCAAAAUGCCAGUUGUCAGUAUCUUCCUUGUAACAAUUAAUUGUUCUGCAUGCCUGAAAUUUUGAAAGUCGGUCCUCUGUGGAAGCUCAGUAUGCUUUUGAGACUCCAAAGUCCAACUUUAUCUGGUUUGUGGUUGCAUUCAUUUGAGGCAUGCUAAGAAUGUCCAUUUCAUUCCUUCAAAAUGCUUCUUGAAGACUCAUUCCAUAAAUGAAGGAUUGUCUGUUGUAGAAAUGAGAUUCCUGAUACCAGUCAGUAAAAUGCAGUUGUGUGCCACUUCAGGAACUUCUGAACCUGUAACAUGCUCUUAUGGUGGGUGAGUUAUUAAUUUCCAAUUUAAAGGUUCCAUUUUACUUUCUCUGGCUUAAAAGAGAAACACUGCCGUAAAGUUACCGACUUGCUAGUAGAACAUUUAAAUGUCCAGUACUUACUGGGAAAGGAACAAUUUGGAUUUGUAGUUCUCGGUGGUACAGUCUGUAUUUAAAGAAUGUUAUAAUGCCAAAAACUAGAUAAUUUUAAUAAAGUUGGACUUCCCAAAUGCCUGCUGUAGGAAUGUGACAUCUGUAUUUACCUGAGGUGGUGAUAAAUGUAGGACAAGAUUAGUUUUACUUACCCCACCCCCUGGUUUAGCUGUGCCAUGUUUAAUCUUUUUCACAAAUGAAGAGGAAUUGACAACUAAAAGUGACUGUCUCCUACUGCUUCAGUUUUGUCUUUGUAGCUAGCUUUACCAGUCAUGUCCAAAGCAACUCUUAGAAAACUUACAAACAGAUGAAUUUUUACUGGUAUAAAUUGUGUUAGAGACCUGACAUGGUAGGAAAUAAGGUUUUUGGUAUUUGCCUGCAUUUUUUGGCUCUUGGAAACUCUUUUACCACAACAUGGCUGAGACACCUGUGCUAUUUAGGUCAAGUAAACACAAUAUAAAUUUGAUAGGGCUGCACAUCUUGGCGUUUGCUUAUCUGAGCUUUUGCAAUAGUUUUACUUUUUUAUUUCUCUAAUUUCAGCGUGGUUGAGCAGUUUUAAACUUGCUUGUGGUUUUUGGUCAAAUACCAUAUCUAAAAUGGAACAGAUUUUUUUUUAGACUAAUAGGGCUUCAUGUGCUUAAAAGGUGCUUAUUUACAAGGUAGUAGUAAUAUUCUUUCCAAUAUUGACAUGGUCAGAGAAAUGAAUACCUCAUAUUUUAUGUGACCAGUUUGUAUCGGAUGCCCAUGAAACUAAACUACCAAAAACACCUCGAGUACUUAAUCUUUAUGAAUAGCCACACUUCAGGUUUUAUCACCUGACUGUAAUUUAGUUCACAAAUUGUCCCUCCCUGAUUUCAGCUUUUAAUUUCACAAAUUAGUUUUAAUGGUAAAUAGGGACUUUAUUUGGGAAUAUAAGAAAAUCACAUGCAUAUUUAAAUUUCAGAUAUAUAAAUUAGGUAUGUAUAAAGGGGGAGGAAAUCUGAUACAUUUGCUGAUAAAUUCUUCAGAAGUUAAAAGUCCAGCUUGUCUGUAUUGAAGUUAAUAUAAGAAUCUCCAGCUCUAGCAGGUAGAAGAAGAAAUAACAGCAGAAGACAGAACUGAUGAGUCUAAUACUGAUUUGGAUAAGUUACAACUAUCAUAUAUCUAGAGUUUGGCUUCUGAAGCACCAGGUGUAGUUCUACUAUGUUGUCUCUGAAGUGAAAUAGAACAAGAAGGAGGAUUUUAAAAAACCAAAACCCACAAACAAAACAAGGAUAGUGGAAACUAUGCAAAUAAAACACAGGAGGUAAAAGAGAGGGAUUAGGAAGGUGGUUUUCUAAAUGAUAAUAUUAAAUGCACAGCCUGAGGUAGGGAGUGGAGUGUAAGUGGUUGGAUAGGAGGAGAAGUGCUGUGUGGAUAAGCCCUGCUUUCACAAGUGACAGAUCCAUUUGACUUCAAACACUUCUGCUGAUUGAAAGUUCAGUACUUGGGGAAGGCAUCCCAUUUUUUUUCCGUUUAAAGAAAAUAAUUGGGGGGAAAACUGUCCAGAGAGAAGGUAGAAUUUUGCAUUGAUAUAAAGCUUUCUAAGCAGUUGCCUAAAGAUGCAACUGAGAAAAGACAAAUUCCAAGAGUGUUGAGCAAUCUUAUUAGGAAAUAACUUGUUUCAUAUUUAAGAAAAGCAGAGACACUGAUUCAAAUUGCUAUGAAGACAGUUCCCUUUUUUUUUUGUGAAGCAUCUUUUAAUGGUAUGUAUGUCAUGGUUUUAUCUUCAGUUGCUUAGAAUAUAUGUUGAUACAGCAAGGUUAAUGGAGUUCAGUGGGCUGCUUAGCCAGAAUAAAAAUAUUUAAAAUGUAUCACAGAACGAAUCAAAGUAGUGCAUCUGGAAUACUGGAAUGGAAAGUAUCAUCUAAAACAACUGCAUGCGCUGAAAAGAAGCAAGACCAUUUUGUUGCAAGAGCAUAGGACCAAGAGAGUGGGAUUUGGCCUUGGUUUUCCACUGAGCUGCGGUGUUAACUUCAAGUAAUUCAGUUUCACUUUCCGCAGUUUCCCCAGCUGUACCCAAAAACCCAACCACCUACCUCACAGGGGUGUUGUGAGGCCAAACCUGUUUUCUGUCAAGGGCUGGGGCUGAUGGAAGGUGCUACAGAGGACUAAAAGUCUUUAUUAAAAGAUCUUUAUAUUAGCUUUCAUUGCAGUAUUUUAAUACUACUUUGGGAAAGGCUUAUUUCUACAGAAUGUAAUAUACGUUCUAUUUAAGUAUUAUGUGAUUAGACUUUAGUAUGUAUGGGUAAGGAAAAAGUUCAGGCUGAGCACUCUAACUGGUAUUUCCUCUCUAAUUAUCUGUGCAACCUAAAUGGUAUAUUAAUAUGAGGCUUUUUGGUUUUAUGUGGAAUACAUUAAAAUCAAUCUUGAUAUAUUUUGUAAAUCCCAUGACUGAAAUAAAAUCCUGCUCACAGUCUAUAGCCAUCUUU